AAUCAAAACAAACAGAAGAAAAAAUGACCCAUUUGUAAUAAUUCAAAUUGAAACGAAGUCGAACAAAUGCGUGUAAAAUGAAUUCCUAUUUCGAUUCUGCCAUGGAAUACACCCGUACGCACCCGAUUGAUCAACUGAAAACGCCGCUUAACGAGAAGAACUGGGAAUGGUCGUAUCUAGUGCGUAAGUGUCGGAAUCUGGAGCUGGAGGAGUCCUAUGAGAUUUAUAUGCGGCGUCUGCGCAACGGCUAUCUAUCGCUUUUUAUAUUAAUUGAGCUGUUAGUUAUGGCCACACACACACUACUACUGCUCACAUCAUCAGAUCGAAGCUAUGUCUACAUAGACAUGGGUGUCUACAUAGCAUCGGGUUGUCUCAUUUGGUUGAUACUUACCGUGAACUUUUACGAUGAGCUCGUGAGCAAGCAUACCUGGAUAGCAUAUGCCUCAUCCUGGUUGGCGGUUUCUGUCAUGGUCAUAAUGGAUAUUGGCCUGAAUGUCUACCAUGCCACAAGUAAUAAUGACAUUCUGAAUCCCAUCUACGAUGCCUAUACACUAUAUGCCAUUUACAUGUUCAUGCCCAUACCCUACAUACUUCAGCCCAUGAUUCUGGGAUCGGCGGUUACGGCCUGCUAUAUAAUCAACUACAGCUUUGUUAUAACCGCCAAAGACGACAAUCAAAUGCAUAGCAUUUUGAAUGAGGCCAUCUAUCUUGUCUGUGUCAACUCUAUGGGCAUCUUCUUUCGCCUGAUGAGAGAUAUUGCGUUGAGGACAACCUUUCUCGAUCGGCGGCAGUAUGUGGAGGAGAAUCUGCUGCUGCGUUAUGCGCGAGAUCAGGAACGCGGGCUAUUGCUGAGCAUAUUACCCGCCCAAAUAGCCAAUCGACUGCAGAACGAUGUUAAGUCACGCAUCAACCGUUCCAAGCAGCAGCACCAGACACGGGCUCAGGAGAAUUUGCGAUCAAGCAAUCAGUCGGAGACAUUGAAACGUUGGCGGCAGCCCGAUCAUGAAACACUGUUCAUCGAACCACACAAGGAUGUGACCAUACUGUACGCAGAUGUUGUCAACUACACGUAUCUGACAACAACUUUGGAUGUGAAGCAGCUGGUGGAGGCGUUACAUGAUCUAUUUGUACGCUUCGACGUUGCCUCCGAGGAGCACAAUGUGAUGCGCAUUAAGUUCUUGGGCGAUUGUUACUACUGUGUAGCUGGAUUAGCCAGUCCGAAUGACGACCACGCCAAAUGCUGCGUGGACUUGGGUCUGCGCAUGAUCAAGGAUAUACGCAAAGUCAGGGAGAAGCGUAAUUUAAAUGUUGACAUGCGGAUUGGCGUGCAUUCGGGCGAUGUGCUGUCCGGGGUAAUUGGUGCGGCCAAGUGGCAGUUCGAUAUAUGGUCCAAGGAUGUGGAUAUUGCCAACCGUUUGGAGUCCACUGGCGCAACGGGUCGAGUGCAUGUGAGUGAGAAGACGUUGAGCUUGCUGGACGGCGAGUAUUUCUUCGAGGAUGGAACGGAGAAGGCACGGGACGAUCCCGUGCUACAGAAGCACGGCAUACACACCUUUCUCAUCAAGUCGCUACGCGCCCCCAUGCACGAUUCGAGACGCAUGCAGCGCCAAAGGCAGGCAAAGAAGUUGAGCGAGGCCAGCAAAUCGAACUUCAUGUAUAACUCGACCCUGCAACAGUACAACCAGGUGCGCAAUCAGGCCAAGCUGGAAAUGUGCCGGGAGCUCGAUAAAAUGCCCAUUGGUCGCAUACAAAUUAUGAGGAUCUGGAGACGCAACACGCAUCUCACGCAGGACGAGCUUGAGGAGCAAAACUUUAGACGCAACAUAACCUCAUUCUGCUUGUUCUUUCGCCAUCGCGACUGGGAGCUGCAUUUCAUGAAGGAGCCAGAUGUAAUGCUCAAGUACAGCAUUGCGCUCUGCUGGUUGGUCUAUUGUGGCUUGCUAGCCAUCCAAUUGCUGAGCAAGGAUCCUCGAUAUCAUUAUUGGUACAUAGAUGGUACGACAAUUUGUUUGCUGACUCUGGUAUUGAUUGUCUCCUGGUAUAAGAAGCUCUGGAUCAUGUAUGUGUCCGAUGCCGAACAGUCUUUACCCCAAAAUCCCAUUAGCCUGUACCUGUAUAAGGCAUCGGAUGUCAUGCAGCGUAAAAUUUGUCUGCGUCUAGCCAUAUAUUUCCUUGUUAUCGCCUCUUACUGUGCCGUUACAGCCAUGCAGGUGCUAGAUUGCGGACAUGAGGACAACCAGGUAGACGAAGUGAAGUACGAGGAUCGUCUGUUCUGCUUUCAUCCUUGGAUACUCACCAACUGCAUGACUGUGGUUAUUGGCAUGACAUUUCUCUUCACGCGCAUACCCUUCAUCAUCAAGACUUGUCUGUCGGCGAUCAUUACCUUCACUUAUGCCCUUUUGGUGGUCGUUGAGUUCAACUAUAUCUACGCCAGCAGUCCCUCGACAAAUGUCAAUUUCAACGCCGAGUAUUCGCAUAUAUUACUCAUCUUUAUAACACUGGGCAUAUUUCAUUUAAUGGAGCGUCAGUCUGAGUUUAUAGCCAAGGUCGAUUACAGCUGGAAGCGACAGUUGCUGAAAAAGCAAGAUGAUGCCUUCAUCACUAAUGAUACUAUUAAGGUGCUGCUGAAGAACAUUUUGCCCUCCCAUGUGGCGGAUUUCUAUCUUUCCAAUCAGCAACAAAACGAGCUCUACUACGAGGAGUACGAUAAUGUAGCCGUCAUGUUUGCCUCGAUCAAAAAUUUCGACACUGAUAAGAUCGGUUUACGCGUGCUAAACGAGAUCAUAUGUGACUUUGACGAUGUCCUAAACAAAUAUGCAGACAACAUUCGCGUGGAGAAGAUCAAGGUGGCUAACUGGACGUAUAUGGCUGCCUGCGGUUUGGAUGUUUCCCGUUCCGAGCAGGUCAAUGCGCCCCAAAUGAAAUUUCGAAAUGUUUCCUUAAUGCCAAAUGGACGACGCAGUCGGUACGGCGGUUCACGCAACUCAGACCCCGACCCUAACCUUCCGGGUGGUGUGCAUCGAGUGCCCCAUGGGAAUGGCUCCAACAUAGCUCUCGACCUGGAACUCGGACAGUACGAAGGCAAUGUGAUUACAAAUGCGCCACGUGCCAGUGGGAAUGGGCCCAGCAAUCAGAGGAGGAGCAAUGAAGUAGUGCUGGUCAUGGCACAAUUCGCUCUAGACUUAAUGCGAACCAUGCGCCGAUUCAAUGCCGAAAAUAUGCAAACGGAGUACGAGGGCUCCACAGACUAUGGCAUGCUGCGCAUUGGCAUCUCACAUGGACGGGCUAUGGCCGGAGUGGUCGGCAAUUCGAAGCCCCACUACGAUAUCUGGGGUAAUCCGGUGAACAUGGCCUCGCGCAUGGACUCGACCGGAGUGCCGGGACAGAUACAAGUGACCGAGAAGACGGCAGUUAUUUUACGAAACUUUAAUAUACAGUGCAAUUAUCGGGGUAUGACUUUUGUUAAGGGGCGGGGCAACAUUCCAACCUAUAUACUCGGCACCGACGAGCAUUAUAAUGCAUUUCUGAAGCAUCGACCAGACGCAGGCGAUACUACUUGAAUUUUUAUAUAAUUUUUAUAUCUUAUAAACUAUAGAAAUAUGUGUAGAUAUUUAUUCACAUAAAUAAAAGUGAUCCAAAUUGUAAA